AUGAUAGCAGACUUGGAUUCCUAUGCGCUGUGGAUGCCGUGGUGCACUGCUGGAAGCGUUCAGCAGAGAAUUGCUCCACCGGCGACGGGACCGAAUGAGGCACAGUUCAAGGAAGUUUGCUAUGGAAAUGUCACCUUCGGCUUUGAGACGGGCUCCUUCCUCGGGACUCUGGGAGACACGGUGGGCUACGAAGUGACAAUCUGCCAUCCGCAGCUGUCAGAUGGCCGCAAAACUGCUCGAGUUUGCGCCGAUGCCAAGCAAGGCUUCGCUUAUGGAAAGCGUUUGGCCUACGACUGGCGCUUCUGGGAGGUGGGGCCGUCGAAGACGAAAGUAGAACUGGACAUGCUUUUCCAGGCGCAGAGCGUCCUGUACAUGCCAGUUUGGGACAGCAUGCAGCACAUGGUCAUCAACAACAUGCUGAGUGCAUUUAAAGCUCAUGCAGAGAAGAUCUACGCCGAAAGGCGUGACAAGUCGACAGUGCCCGAACAGCUGGAGAAACGGUUCAGAUUGACAAGGCCUUGCACCAUCUGA